UUCCUAAAAUGGCAGCCGUUUCUGUCAGUGUGAGGUGAAACUUUCCUAUUUUUAGCCAACAUUUGGUCAUUUUCUGUCGUUAUAGGUCGACUGAACUCUUCUGUUUACUACAGUAAGCAUUACCGGAAUACAGAGGCGUUGGAUAGUUUUCGUCAGGAGCGAGUGGCGACAUUCUUGACUCCGUUUUUCGUCGCGGAAUUGCUGUGCUUCCCUCGGAGUGUCAGUGCCUGACAUUGGAUUCAUACGGACUGCUGUCAUCAGAUCACUGAAGCUAAGCCGUCAGGGCGGACUGCAUGUCGGCCGAGGAAUUAGCUGGCUUGCCGGUUUAAGUGCGUCGAAAAAGGACUCUAUAGCAUUCCGUUCAGCGGGAUUGAGUUAGGGCUGGUCGGAGAUUCUGAGGACGUGUCACGUCAGCUGUCAGUGGAAAUACCGAGGUGGUGUUGGAUGUCACCAGCAGUCAGUGUCAGGCUGAACUGGGUUUGCUAACGUCAUCCAUCCUGGCAAAUCAGAUGGAGAAGCUCCAGGACCUGAGCCAAUCGGAGCUCCAGGAGCUCCUGGACAACCCGGAGAGGGUAGAGUCUAUGGCUCUGGAGUCUGACGAGAUCCAGAACAUCCAGCUGGAGAGAGAGAUGGCCCUGGCCUCAAACCGCAGCCUGGCUGAGCAGAACCUGGACAUGAAGCCCCGUGUGGAGUCAGAGAAGGAGGUGCUGGUGGAGAGAUAUUCUCAGCUAGAGGCCAUCAGAGAAACCUACAGACAACACUGCUCCCUCAGAGGUAAGUGGGAGGGAGAGAGGGAGGGAGGGAGGGGUAUCUACAGUACAGGACAACAAAGUGAGUCUUGA